AUGCUUGAUGUGUUUAGAGAAUUAAAUGAUUACACUAAUUUUUUACCGAAAAAUAUCAAGGCAAAUGUAAAUAAAGAAAAAUAUGAAAUACUUAGUGAAAUAAAAAGAAUAGUAUUUUUAAAAAAAAAAAAUUCUUAUAAUGUUGCAUCAGUCAUAAAACUAUUUAAUACAUAUGAGGUAAUAAAUACGAAAAAGUACAAGUCGUUUCAUUUUUACAUUUUUAUGAUUCGAUAUUUAUGGAAUUCAUUACAAAAUAAAAGUAUCAGUCCAAAUUUAAAGUGUUAUAUUUGUCAAUGUAUUUCUAGUAUAUUUAAGAAUAUUAAAAAAUAUAUUUUAUAUGAUUUCUUUUUUGAAUAUGAUAGAAAAUUAAUUUUGAAAGAAGAAAAUAAUGGGGAAAAUGAAAAUGUAGCUAAUUCUAUGGAACCUAAUCAUUUUGACAAAGGUAUGGAAAGUGAUUGUACUAAUAAUUCUUAUGCUCAUAUGAGUGAUAGUUAUUAUGAUGAAUAUCAAAAUUUACAUGAAGAGAGUGAAGUAGACAGUAGUAUUAAUGAAAACAAGUUUAAUGUAUUUAAUGAUGUGUAUGUUACCUGUGAUGGAAUAUAUGAAAAAAAUAAAAACAGUGAAGAUGAAACAUUUUUAAAUGAAGAGGUUAUAAUUAAUGGGAAGGAUGAAAGUUUUCGUUUAUAUGUUCAGAAAUGUAUAUUCAAUAUUAUUGAUUAUAAAUAUUUGUUCAAUUUACUUUAUGAAUAUUUAAGUAAUAACAACAACAGCAACAACAACAAUAAUAAUAAUAAUAAUAAUAAUAAUAAUAAUAAUAAUAAUAAACAUGAUGAAUUUAGCCAUAAUUCAUAUAAAAGUUAUAUGGGUGCUAUACUAAACCUUUUAAACCAUAUAAAAUAUUUUUGUUAUUACAAUAUUGAUGUACAUAAUUUAUUAGUAGAAUUUGCUUUAAAUAAUGACUAUUCAUAUUUAUAUGAAGAAUAUGUAGAUAGUAACAAUAAAAAAGGUUUGUUUUCAGAAGAAGAUUAUUUUGAUAAGAAUAAUGCUAUUUUCAUAAUAAAUAGAAAAUUAAAUGAUAGAAAAAAUAUACAUAAUAAUAAUGAUGAUUAUAAUACAAAUUGUGAUGAAGAAUAUAUUAAGGCUGAUAAUAUUAUAAAUAUUAAUAAUGAUGGACAAAAUGUUUUUUGUGAUAUGUUAGAAAAAAAUCCAAAUAUAAAAAAUAAUGAUAAUAUUAUGAAUGAAUAUGAUAAUUCAUUAAUAGAAAAAAGAGAAAUGGAGAAUAACUAUUUGAAUAUAGACAAAUCAGUAUGUGAUAUAAAAGAUUUUGAAGUAUGUACAAGAUAUAAUACCAUAUUUUUAAAUUAUGUUUUACUGAGUCAAUUAAGUUCGCAUGAUUUGUGUUUUAAAUUAAUUAAAUAUAAAAAGGUACUUUAUCUUUAUAAAAAAAUAAGACGAAUUAAUUGGAAUUCUAUUAAUUAUGCAUUUGUUAAUAUCAUAUAUAAAGGUUUAAAAUAUGCAUAUAUAUAUAAUUUAAAUAUCGAAAAUGAAAUGCAAGAAAUUAUUCAUGUAAUUUACUUUCUAUUUUUAUUUUAUAUAAAAUUACCUAGUAAUGUACAAUUAAAUUCAUCUAAAUAUUUUAUACCAGAAGAUUACAAUUUGUUAGUUAAUGAUAACGAAAGUGUAGUCAAAGUUAUUUCGAAAAUUUUUGUUUUUUUGUUGAACAAGAAAUAUAAAAAAGGAAAUCAUAAUUCAUCUAAUAAUAAUGAACAAAAUUCCCAAGAAUUAUUAUAUAAAUUUCUUUCCACCAUGAAUGAGAAAAAUUUUACCAUGACAGAAAUGAAUACAAAUGGUAGCAACACAAAUUUUAUGUAUAAUAAUAAUAAUAAUAAUAAUACUAAUAAUGAUAAUCAUAAUUUUCUUGAGGAUAAUUUUUUCCCCUUAUUUACAAACAUAGAUACAUACGAAUAUCUAAAUAUUAUUACCUCAUUAUUUAUGCCACAUAUACAUCCAUCCAAUAUAGGAAAACAUAUCGGGAAUAUCAAUUUAUUUAUUAAUUCCUUCUUAUAUUGUUUUAUUAGAAAAAUGAAAAGAGAAGAAAUGUAUUUAAAACAAAUGAAUGAAAAAACGGAAGUUUGUAAAGAAAUGGAAAAUAACAAAAUAAAUGAGAAUUCAUAUCUUGAUGAUACUAAUACAAAUAAUGAAUAUUUAGAACAAAAAUAUAUGAAUGAUUAUGUUAAUAAUUAUUUUAUUAUGGAAGAUGAUAAAAAGUUUGUAAUUGAGAAAUUUAUGGCCUUAGCUGUACAAGGGAUGUUUCCAAAAAGUAAUAAAGGAAUUAGUUUAUUUGAAAAUAUUUUAAAACAUUUAUGUGUUAUUGAUAUAAAUUGCUUAGAUACAUUUGUUAAGAAAAUAAUGGAUUGUUUAAUGAAUGUUAAUAUUUCAACACAAAUAUGUAAUUGUCUAUUAUCUUUAUGUUUGUUAUUACCAUUAUUAAUAAAAUAUAAAUCAAAAUAUUUAAAAGAUAUCUUAUAUGUUAUGAAUAUGGGUAUAGAUAUAUGUGAUGUGUAUAAAAGUUUUACAAUAUUUUCUUUCCUCAGCAUUUUAUUUUCUUACAUAUCUAUUGUAAAAUUAGAUAGUUCUACAAAUGAUGAUUAUUCUUUAGCUAUUGAUGAAUAUAAAAAAAUGAUAGCUUUAUAUAGUAAGGAUAAUAACAAAAUGUUAAAUAAUGAAGAUAUAAAAAAAUUAUUAAUAGAAAGAAAAGAAUUGAUUGAUUAUAUGUGUUAUUGGGUAUAUGAAUUUUUUGAUAAAAUUCUGUAUUUUAUAAAAUUUUCCAAGAGUCAAAAAAGUAAAGAUAGUAAAAAACAAAAUGGAGAUAAUAAAGAAAAUAAAAUAGAAAAUGAUUUAUAUACAGGAUUAAAGACUACAAUGAUUUCUUUGUUUAUUCAUUUAGAUCAUGAUAUAGUAUAUGAUUUAAGUCAAAGAUUUCUAAAUAAUAUCGAAUUAGAAAAUUCCAAAUUUCUAUCUAUUAUACCAUAUGCUAUAAGUUUAGUAGAAAAUAAAAAAAUAUUUGAUCUUUUGUUUAAUGCCUUUUAUAAAAAAUUGAUAACAAAAAAGAAAAAGAAAAGAACAAUUAUAUUAUCCACUGAAAAUAAUAAUAUGAAUAAAGUGAAUAAUGAAACAUCAAAAGGUCUACAAACAUCUUUAGAAUCUAACGAAUUAGAAGAAUAUUAUGUUUAUACGAAAAAUGAAUAUGCAAAUGAUGAUACUGUAAAAUGUUAUUUACAGUUUUUAUCAAGUUUAAUGAGAAAAGCAAAAAGUGAAUAUCUCAAUGUAGAAGAUAUAUAUCAAUUAAUUAAAAUAUAUAUAGUUGAAGAUAAUAUUACUGUAUUCAAAUAUAUAUGUAAAAUUAUAUAUAGAUUUUUAGAAUAUAAUUUUAGUGUAACCAUAAUGGAUUAUUCAUGUUUUUCAAUAAAUGAAAAAAUGAGUAAUAAGGAAAAAUUAUGUACAGCAGCUUAUUGGGGAAUACCAUGGCAUGUCAUUGUAUAUUAUGAAAAUACAUUGAAUCAUAAAAAAGUAUCACCAAACCAAUUAAAUGAUACAAAUGUAGUACCAAACCAAUUAAAUGAUACAAACGAAUUAAUCAAAUGGAAAACACCAUUAUUAGAAGAUAUAAAGGUAGGCAAAAAGUUUAUUUUUUUCCUUUUGGAUUAUUUAAUAGACUUACUAAUUCAAUGUGAUAUACCAUUGAAUACACCUAAUAUUGUAAGGUAUAUUGAAAAAAGAAAGUUAGGUGAAAAUAGGGAGAAAAUUGAAUGGAAAUUUUCCCUAACAUAUGCUAAUGUUAUAUCAAGAAUAUAUAAAGUAAUAAAAUGUAUAAUUAAACCAACGAGUUUUCUAUAUCCAGAUGAAAGAUAUAAUUAUAAUAAUUUAUUAACCAAAUGUCAUGUUAUUAAUUCGAAAUUAUCUUUCUUUUUAUAUGUAUAUAUAUCAGAAAUUGUUAUUACGUUAUCUUCACACGUAUUAAAAAUACCUUCAAAUAUUUUGGAUAUGUCCCCAUUUAUUCGUACAUGUAAUGACAAUGAAGAAAAGACUGAGAACAGUUCGAAUGAAAAAAUUACCCAAAAUAUAGAUAAUAAAAAUGAACUGAAAAAAUUAAAAGAACAAUUUUAUAAUACAGUUAUAAAUAAUAGAGAAAAAGAUAUAAAAGCUGAUGCAAAAGUUCAAAGGAAAAUGAUUAAGAACAUACAUUUCUUAUUAUUAAAAUGUAAUGAAAAUGCAAACUCAAGUUUAUAUAAUGAAUAUAUUAAUAGUGUAUUAUCAUUUACAUAUAAUAUUUAUCCUUAUAGUUAUAAUUAUGAUAUAAUAAAAAGUCAAUAUAUUAAUAAUAUAUUUUAUUUAUUUAAUGAAAGAUUAAAACAAAGAAAAAAAAAUUAUGCUUUUCGUGGAUUUAGAAAACAAUUAUGUAAUAUUUUAUUCUAUAUUAAUUUAUCUAUUUAUUCUCAAGUGCGAUCCUAUGCUCAAAAUACAAUUAAAUUAAUUUUGCCAUCUUUUAAAAUGAUUAAGGUCUCGUUUUUAAAAACGUGUGCCUUUUAUUUGAAAAAUUACAUUAAGUUGUAUUUACUUACCAAAGGUUAUGUUAUACAAAACAAGAAAACAUUGGAUCAUUCAAAUGAAGGAGAAUUAAAAGAGCAAAAUAUGAAAAGGGAUGCAAUAAAUAAAGAAAAUAUGCAUACAGAGAAAAAUUAUGAGGAGGAAAGUUCUGUUGAAAACACAUCGGAACAUAUUAACAAUACUGAAUUUGUAAAAGAAAGUAAUGCAUCCAAAGAAUAUGAUGAUAAUAAUAAUAUUAAUAAUGAAUCGAUUAAUAAAUGGAGUUCCUUAAAAAGUUUAAAUGAUUUAAAUAAUAAUGAUUAUUAUGAAAAUAAAUGUAUUAGCUCAUUUAAUGGAAUAAUAGUAAGCAUUAUAAACAAUAUGGGUUUAAUAAAAAAAAUUAGUACUGAUGUGCAUAUAUUGAAAAAGUUUCUUAAAAUUAUUAUUAAAAUUUUAAGAUUAGAUAUACAAAAAGAAGAUAUAACUAUGAAAUGUAUGAAGUUAGUUUAUUCCAUUAUUAAUAAUAGAUUUAUUAAAAAAAGUGUAGAAGAAAAGAAAAAAAAGAAAAAAAUCAAUAAACUUUUUUUACGUUUAAAGGAAGAAAGUGAAAAAAAGAAUAAUGUAUAUUCACAAAUUGUUAUUAUGUCAUUUUUAAUUUGUUUUAAUAAUUUUGUAAUAGAAAAUUAUUGUGAAUUUUAUUUUAAUUAUUUAAUAGAAAAUUUGUCUAUCAAAAAAAAUGUUCAUGUAUAUAAUUUAGCAUUUUGUGGAUUAAUUAAAAUGUUGAAAUAUUUAAAUGAUCUUCAUUUGAAAGAUGUUAUGCCUAAACAUAUAGCACUCAUAUUUGAAACAGAUAAAAUUUAUAAAAAUUUUAUUGAUAUAUGUAUAUAUAAAAAUUUAAAAAGCAAGAAAAAAAAUAAUAGUAUGAAUGCUAUAAUAAUUAAUUUGUCCAAAAUUCAAAAGCCAUUCAAGGGUUUUACACAAAUAAGUGAAACGUAUCUAAAGGAUUUCUAUUCUUAUUAUGUCUUCUUUGAAUUUUUAGUUAAUCUACAAAAUAGUUAUUUUGAAGAAAUCCAAGAAAAAGAGGCUCGUUUGCGUGCAAUGGAAAAUUUGAUGAAGGAUGAAAAUUACAAUAUGGAUUUAAAACAACAACAUGAAGAACAAAAUAUAAACGAAAAUGUAGGUGCACAUACAAUUGAAUGUAUAAGCACACAUAAUGAAAAUAAUAAAGGGGAAUUUAUUGCAGAUCAUAUAAACGAACAUAAUUUAGAAGAAAAUGUAAUAAAUCAUAUUUCUUGUAAUGAAAAUAUGAUAAGUCAUAAAACAAGUGAUGUUAGUGGUAAUGAUAAUGAAAAAGAAUCAAUUAAUAAUAUUACAUAUACUGAAAAUUUAAAUGUCAAAAAUUGUAAGUUGAAAUACAUUGAAAUGGUACUUAUAAUAUUAAAAGAAUUACAAAUGAAUAUGCAUUAUUCUGAUAAUGAAUAUAAAUGUGCAUUUAUAUCAUUAUUGUGCCCUUUACUUUUAUCUUUAAGAAAACUAAAAAAUAAAGAAGAAGCUGAAGAUAUAAUAAAUGUUAUAGUAAACUUAUUAGAAAAAGAAAUUGUCAUGGUAAAUAUCGAAGUAUUUAAUGUAUGGAUAUAUUGUUUUCAUUUGUUAUUUAUUAAUAUAAAAAAGAAACAUAUUCAUUUAUAUAAUAAGUUAUUUGAUUUCUGUUUAACAUUUAAUGUUCAAGAUAUAUCUAAUGUAACAUUUAAGAAAAAAAUGCAAUUAUUAGAUAUUAUGCUUUUAUAUAGUCUUCAUAAAAAUGUUUACAUAUUGGAUAACAGCUUAAUGAAUUUUUUAAAAUUAGUUGAAAAUGAUAACAUAGCAGUUAGACAAGUUAUAGGUGAUGUAUUCUGUUAUAUGUUAUAUGUCUUAUAUGACAAUAAGCAUUAUGAACAUUUGAAAUGUAUGUAUUAUAAUAUUUUAUUAUUUUUCUAUACAUCAGCUAACAAUGUUAUUACAUAUUUACAGCAAAAUAGUAUAAGCUUAUCAAAACAGUCGAAAUAUAUAUAUACCUUAGAAACAUAUGCAUAUUUAACACUUACAGCAUUUAAUAAUAAAUGUAUGUACAUAUUUAACAAUUUAAGUAUUAUAUUUUUAAAGAUGUUCAUGUUAUCAUUUCAGCUGGUUGACGUGUUUAUAAACGGAUUGGUUAGUAAAGCAAUCAAUUGUUUUUUAUGCCCAUCUUUAUAUUUAUUCAAAUUUGAUAUAAUAAAUUGUAGUAACAAUAAUAUACAAAUAUAUGAUAUAAAUAAUGAUAAUAAUAAAAAUGGUAAUAAUAAUAAUAAUAAUAAUAAUAAUAAUAAUAUUUGUUUAACUGAUCAAGUGGAUAAUUUAAAUAUUCUAUUAGAAGAAGAUAUAGGGACCUUAGUUAUUAAAAACAUAAGUGAUUUAAUUAACAAAUCUAAUUGGAAAAUAAGAAAUUGUGCCUUACAAUUUUGCUAUUAUUUUCAUUUGUAUUAUUGUAUUUUCUUUUAUAAUAAAAAAGAAAAUUCUUUUCUUUUAAAUAUAUUUAUAUCAUUAUUAGUUGAUAGUUAUGUUGAAAUUCAAAAUUUAUCACGUGAUAUUUUAUCAUCUGUCUUUUGUUAUUAUGAUAAUAACACACUUCAAUUGUUUUCGAGCUAUUUUCUAUCCCUAAUAAAUGACCAUAAAAAUUUACAAAAAUUACCUUCCAUAUCUAAAGAAACAUCAUUAAAAACCAUAGACAAAAAAAAAACUGUUUCUAUUUAUGCACUUAUAAGUAUUGUUAAUUCAUUCCCCAAUUACAUACCCUCAUGGUUACCAAAUAUAUUAGUAAGUGUAGCAAAAUUGUCUAACAGUUCUUCACAUGUUAUAAAAAAAGAGAUAGAAAAGUGUAUUCAAAACUUUUUAAGAACACAUAAGGAUGAAUGGGAAUACAAAUAUAAGCAAAUAUUUACAGAAGAACAGUUAAAUAUUUUGGACUUAUAUAAAGGAGAGCUAAAUUAUUUCACAUAA